GUGGUGCCCUAGCCAGGAGGGUUCAUACAUUCUCGUGGUUUUGAGAUCCUAUGGGGCACACGCCACCCCAGCUGUCUGGAAGUGGUGAUGCCGGCAUGAUCCAGGGCCACGGCGUGCCAUUGCCACUCUAGGAGCGGUGCCUACCAUGGUCUACAAGGAACAGCAGCACGACAGGAGUGGGGUAUGUGAGGUCAUCAAAGGAAAGGUCUACUUCGCAGCGCUGCAGAGGCCCGACGACCUCAAAGGCUCGUGGCUCCCUCGCCCCGCACUGUGUUUCAGCGUCGACAAUGAACUGAUUUAUGAGCCGUUCUUCCAGGACUUUGGGCCCCUCAACAUGGCAUGCACCUACAGGUUCUGCUGGAAGCUUCACGGCUUGCUUCAGGAUGCCAGGGCACACGGGAGGUGUGUAUGCUUCUGCACCAGCAUUGAAACCAAGACCAAGUCCAACGCCGCAGUUUUGCUUGGAGCGUAUCUCGUGCUGUUUGAGUCGUGGGAGCCCGAUGCGGCGUAUUCGCCCCUGGCACUCUUUGAACCGUACUUCCCGUUUCGAGACCCCACAUGUGGCAUAUCCACAUACCACCUCACAGUUCUCGACUGCAUUCAGGCAGUUGCAAAAGGCAAAAAAGUUGGGUGGAUUGACUUCAGCACUUUCAACCUGGAAGAGUACGAGUAUUUCGAACAAGUGGAGAAUGGAGACCUCAACUGGAUUGUCCCUAACAAACUGGUUGCCUUUAGUGGCCCUGCACCAAGGCGUUCCCAGGUUUACCCAUCGCUCUUGUUUCCAGAAUGUUGUCAAGUUGUACGCUGGCAGAUGUAUGGGUAUAGAAGCCUUGUGCCCGAGGACUACAUUGAGUACUUCAAGAGGGUGGGCGUUGUUGCUGUUGUUAGACUAAACAAGCGGCUGUAUGACAGGCGACGCUUCACAGACCACGGCAUUAAUCACUACGACCUCUACUUCCCGGAUGGCAGCUGUCCUCCUGAGCGGAUUGUCCAAAGAUUUAUGGAGAUUGUAGAGGAAACUGCCGGGGCCAUAGCCGUCCACUGCAAGGCAGGGCUGGGUAGAACUGGAGUCCUGAUUGGGUGCUACAUAAUGAAGCACUUUAGAUUCACGUGCAAUGAGGUGUUGGGCUACUUGCGAUUAACGAGGCCAGGGAGUGUCAUUGGGCCUCAGCAACAUUUUCUCAGAGACAUGCAAGCUCGCAUGUGGAAGGCUGGUGAUGGAUUACGACGUCACAGAUCUGAUGGGAGCAGCAGGAGCAAGACUAGCAGCGGGAGCUCUCCUCUUGUGACCCUCUGGAACAAUGCCUCGGCAUGGAGCCAAGGGAAAGGAAGCCUGUUUCCCACCAAAACAUCGCCAACCAGUCCCGCGCUGAAGAGAGUAACGACCGAGAGCAUUGAAACGACUAGCUCGGGUGGGCGGCAACUGGUAUGGGAACAGUCCAAGCACAGGGCGUCGACCGAGUCAACCAAGAGUAGCCGGAGGAGCAGCCACCAGCACGAGGUAUAUAGAGCACCGUCCACCCGACUCCAGGAUGUAUCCACUGGAUCAUACCGGUCGCCAAACAAGGCCAGGACAGGGAAGGGUAGCGGAGGCAUUGAAACUGCAAUCGGGGGCCUCUCAAUGGCAGACCCUCUGAGUCAAAUGAGGAAGGCUUGCGUCAACGAGGAUAGUGACAACGCGUGCGAGUCCGCGUCCACGGCCAGCAACGAGCCUCCCGUCAUGAUAGGCCUCGCUGACAGCGUGGGAGGCAUACUCAGGAACGCGGCAAACUUCUCGGCGCGCAGCCAAACAGCUGCAGACCCGGUUUGCACACACCGCACCCUCAAUGCUGCAGGCCAGCCCAGAAAGGUGGUGGUUCCGCUGGGACAACAGAGCAGCAGCACCAAGUCACGGGAAUCGUCACCGCUGCGAAGGAAAUCGCCACUGCGGCAGAGCAAGAGCGCAUAUGACCAUCUGUCAUACGGCUAGCGGCUAGCAGCUCCGAAUGUAACACGCAAACAGAAGUGUGAAUAAAAGCCUUCCCACGUCACA